GCUGUUUUACCUACCGAGGCUGAGCACAGGUGGGGAAGGUCUGUGGCACCUGGGUACGCUCUUGUCAGCUGUGGAAACUAUUGAGACCAAGAGCCUCACAGAGGCAGAGUUGCAGCCUCCGCGGAAGACCCAGUCCGGCCGCUGCAGAGGUGAAGGACAGGCACCGGCAGUAGGCAGACUUCAGGGAACACUACCUCUCCGGGGCUGGACAGGGUGCUGCCAGACAAGGAUUCUGCGUUCGGCUUUCCGGAGCAAAGGUAUUGAUUCAAGGACUCGAAAAAUACUUAGGCAUCCCAAUUUUCAGAGUCCAGUCUUCACUCUGGGAGUAGGGCAUUCAACACGCCCUUUCAAAGACACUUUACUCUCAACCCAUGGCGCUGCCGGGCUCCUCACCGGCCCAGACUUGGAGCCUGGAGCCUCCGGUUCCCACAGCCUCUCUGCCUUUGGGACCUCAGGAGCAGGAGGGUACCGGGAGCUCUGGAGCAUCUGGAAGGCUUCCACUGGAGAAGAUCAAGCGGCCCAUGAACGCCUUCAUGGUGUGGAGCUCUGUUCAGCGCCGCCAGAUGGCGCAGCAGAACCCCAAGAUGCACAACUCUGAGAUCUCGAAGCGCCUGGGCGCGCAGUGGAAGCUGCUGGGCGACGAAGAGAAGCGUCCCUUCGUGGAGGAGGCCAAGCGUCUACGAGCCCGCCACCUACGCGACUACCCAGACUACAAGUACCGGCCUCGGCGCAAGGGCAAGAACUCGGGCACCGGGUCUGUCCACUUCAGCCAGGAAAGAGGUGGCCUGGCAGGUGGUGGUCCACACUGGGAGCCAGGGUGCACAAGUACCCAAGGGAGCAGAGGCUUUGGGUACCAGCCUCCCAACUAUGCCAUAGCCUACCUGCCUGGCAGUUACACCGCUUCCCAUUGCAGACCGGAGGCCUCCUCACCGUGCUCCCUCCCUCAGAGUGAUCCUAGGCUCCAGGAGGAGCUGAUGCCCUCUUUUCCUACCUACCUAUCCCCUGGCUCUUCCACUCCAUACAACACUUCCCUGGCUGGUGCCCAAUGUCUGUAACCCACCUUUAGCUGGCUGGGACAUCCAGGGCCAACCCCACAGGCCAAUCCCUUUCUAGUUCAGAGGCCUAAACGUCUCCCAAGGAGCCGGAAUGCACAAAACCACACUAAACACAAUUUUGUACAAUUAAA